GACAAGCUCGUCAUCCCGCUCCCCAGAGCUACCCAAUCUUAUUUUAAGUGAUAUGAUGACGACGAUGAGGUCCUAUACAUGAGCCUUCUCCUUCAAUUGGAAGGAGUCUCACCAUGCCGCCUGAAGGAGUGUUGAGCAAUAUUCGAGUCUUCAUAACAUGGGAUGAUCAAACUGUCUUUGCUGGCGAGGAUAUUAAGUGUCACAUAACUUUCAAGAAUACUGCCCCUGGUCCAAACCAAACGAGAUCUUCGAGCCAAAAACCGCCGACUAUCCCCGAACGAUCGAGACAACCGUCGCCCUUACUCAGUCCUAGGACGAAACCGAACAAUGGGUUGACACCCCCAGCCCCUACGCGAGGGCAUCGCUCUACGUUAUCUCUGACAGUACCUUCAAGCAGCUCGCGAUUAAGGGGGCCACCUCAACAAUGGACUCCAGCACAGCCAUCACCACAACGACCUGGUCAUGCUCAUAAAAGAUCACUUUCUAUAGUGUCGAUCGGAUCGGCGGCAACUAUCGAAGAACAGUCGCAAGGAAAAACUUCUCCCGCACGACAUCCACGUCCACCUCGUGGCCAUGGAAGGUCUGCAAGCUUACAGAUAUCACCAAGAGGUGGUCUCAUAAAUGGCCCACAGUCAGCGGCUUUGCCAAGUAGACGACCUUUCGGUUCGGAAUCCUCACCCUUGUAUAACUCCUUUCCACCAACCAAGCACGGAUUUGGUCGCGCAUCGGGAGCCUCGACCGUGCCGAACACACCUGGCUUUAAUGGCUCACAUCCGCCCAAAAGAAGCCCCGGGGUGAUGCCGGAAUUUAAAUUUCCCAUGACGCCGUCGCCACAAUCAACCGACGGUAUCUCGCCGAGUUCCCAGCCGGUUGAUUAUUUGUCAGCGCCUGGAUCUGGUACGGGUGGGGUGGUCAGUCUUCCAGUGCGCUCAAAGGACCCAAUACCCACCAUUACCGAACAACCAGUCCCCGCCGCAGCACGGAUACUGUCUGCAGCCAGUAUUGCCGGUGGAACUCCUAGAAGUAGUGGCGAGUUCUAUUCACUGAGCAAUAACUCAUCCGAGACACUAGCGUCGGAGUAUGUGACGCAACCACUACAUGGCGGACGCAGACCAGCCCAUCUACGACGAGGCUCUGGUUUAUUAAGUAUAAGUCAGGCGCGACUACCCGAGUCCUUGAUGAUGGGGUAUGCGCAAGUACAAGGUUCCUUCACCCUCGACGGAUCGCUCAUUAACUUGGGUCCCUUCGAGGCAGUUAAACGGAAAGCUGUGUUAGGUGGACAAGGAGGCGGCGUUAUUGGCGUUGAAAGUUCAAAAAGAGCUAGUGGGCUUCUGACCGGGUUUGGCUGGGGAAGCCUCGGUAACUCCAUCGGAGAACUUCUUGGUGGCGGUGAACUUAGCAGUAUCAAGCAGAUGCGAGGUGUUGCCAGCACCAAGUCCAUUCCCCUAUUGUCAACACCCCAGUCAAUAUUAUUCGUAGACUUACAACUGGCCCCUGGCGAGAGUAGGACAUACGAAUAUUCGUUCAAACUUCCAAAAGGUCUGCCACCAACACAUCGAGGCAAGGCUAUAAAGAUCUCAUAUACCUUGGUCAUUGGCACCCAAAGGCCGGGUGGUACUAAGGAGCAGCAAGUACGAUCAGUCGAGAUUCCAUUCCGCGUUUUAGGAAGCGUUAAUAGCCACGGCGAGAUUCUUGGCCAUGAUCUACUUUCUCCGUACAUCAUUCUUCGCGAUCUUGCGAAGGUAAAGGCUCUUGAUAAAUCAGUUAUUUAUGUCCCUUCAAAGAGACAUAAACCUGAUCAUCCUGGUUCUACUUACAAUGGUUUCCUUAGCUAUGUCGAGGAACUUCUUGACCGACCCCAUCGGGGUCUCGGACUUCUAUCCCCGACAGCCACAGCUCCCCAAUCCCGCCGUACAUCUGCUUUUGAAGAGUCGGCCUCAGCGAAAGACGCUAUAGACCUCGCUAUUCUCCGCUCAAAUUUGUCCUCCGAUUCCGGACAGAGCAGCAACCGUUUCGAAAUAGCUCGGAACGGCCGACGCGUUGGUGUCGUCAUGCUCGCGCGUCCCGCAUACAAGUUAGGCGAGUCGGUGAGCAUGGCCAUCGACUUCACUGGUGCCGAAAUCCCGUGUUACGCCAUCCAUGCAGCCCUAGAGACCGCGGAGCGCGUCGAGCCGACGCUAGCACUAAGGAGCGAGGCCAGCGUCCACAGAGUCACGCGCAAGGUCUACGGCAGCUCCAGCGAGGCUACGCUCUUCGCCCGUCGCAUAGUAUUUAAUCCCACCAUUCCCAUUAGCGCGACACCCGAAUUCGUUACGAGUGGCCUAAGCCUCGAAUGGAAGAUCCGAAUCGAGUUUGUCGUUCCGUCGUCCGCUAACGAAGGCCCCGAGAUCGCGGAUUCGGAUGCCGGGGCCCAGCCCCACCCGUUGUUAGAGGAGAUCUCCCGUGAUGAGAGGGGCGGGCUUGUGCUAGUUGCGGCCGAAAAUCUGGAUUGCGAGAGCUUCGAGGUCGCUGUCCCGUUAAGGGUGUACGGCGCAGUGUGUAAUGGACUUGAGCGUCUUGAAAGAGACCAGGCGCAGCAAGAGGGUCUUGUAGUAUAAUCUAUCCCGUUAUCUAUGUUACGAAAGAGGAGGGGGGGUUCAGAGGCGCGAUUGGUAUAAGAUAACUUUGGUUCUAUUAUGGGCUAGAAAAAAGAGGCACACGAGCAACCAAACUAAC